AUGGCGAAACCAAUAUCUACAUCUACGCCCACAUCCAUGCCUACGUCGGUGGAAACGGCAGCAGACACCAUCGAGCUGUUAGAGUCGCGGUUACGCAGGAUUGAGUACCUGUUGUCGGGCGAGUCGAGCUGGACAGGGGAGCCACGGCGGCUAACAACAGCGACGGGUGUUGGCGACGGUGAGAAGCCGGCGAUGACGCAGCUGGCCAAGCUGGAACUCCCGCUUCCCAGACCUCUUCCAAUCAAUCCAACCCCCAUCACCACCACCACCUCUUCGUCUUCCUCUUCCUCACCCCAACCCCCGGCAAUCCCCAGCACGCUCUCCCAGCAAGCCCUAACUUCCAUAAUCCUCUCCUACGCCUCUGCCUUCCCCGAAACUGCCUCCCGCCUAACCUCCCUCAAAGACCUGCCCAUCCCGCCCGCGUCCCUCUCGGCAUCACUGAUAGAGCUACAGCCACGUCUGGACCGAUUGGCAGCGGUGCAGGAACAGCAGGCAGCGGAGAUAGCGGAGCUGCGAGCGCGUAGUGCGCUGGUGGCGAAGCGGUGGGUGGAAGUUGGGGUUUUGGGCGGUAGUGAGGUUUGGGCGGAGUGGGAGGGGAGGAUUGAGAAGGUGGAGAGGGCGGUUAGGAGAUUGGAGGGGAGGAGGGAGGAAUAA